AUGGCUUCAGGACUGGCGCGCAAAUACGAGAUCAACGCCGACAUGGGUGAAGGCUUCGGCCGCUGGAAGAUGGGCCCGGACGAGGAACUGAUGCCGUACAUCGACGCCGCCAAUAUUGCGUGCGGAUACCAUGCCGGCGACCCUUCUAUCAUGCUCAAGACAGUUCGCCUGUGCAAGAAGCACGGCGUCAAGGCCGGAGCGCACCCGGGACUGCAAGAUAUGUUCGGCUUCGGUCGCAGAAAGAUCGAGAUUGACCCCAAAGACAUGUAUGCCAUGGUGCUGUACCAGGUCGGCGCCCUCAAAGCCAUACUCAAUUCGGAAGGCGUCGAGUUAUCCCAUAUCAAGCCUCACGGGGAGCUCUUCUUCUACAUGCAAAGAGACGAGACCAUCAUGAGAGCUGUUUUGGAAGCUUGCGCCACGUUUGGGGACAACAUCCCAGUCUACGCAUCGCAAAACGCGACACAAGAAGCUAUGUGCAAGGAGCUGGGCAUCCCGUUCCAAGGGGAGGUCUACGUCGACAUUGAUUACUCUCCAGAGGGCAAGCUCAUACCGGUGGCACAGUCCAAGGUGGCUACACCAGAAUUAUGCUACGAGAGGGCUUUGUCUGCAUCACUGAAGGACGAAGGCAAGGAUAACAGUGGCGGUAUCUUUAGCUUUGGCUUUGAGGGAAAGCCAUUCAGCAUCUGCGUGCAUUCUGAUCAUCCCACGGUGCUUCAGAAUGUUACGGGUAAAGCAUGUCAAGAAGAUUCCGAUGUUGCGAUCGCGGCAAACCCCACAACUCCACACGAAUCUCCUCAUGGUUCUAAUGGCUUUGCUCUGGUCUCUCCAGCUUGCAUAGAUCCUCUCUACAGCAAGCCGGUGAUUGACAGCGAGACCGACGAGAUCUCCCCAGGUCCCCAUCACCACGUUGCGGGGCACUUUUCUAACACGUCCACUCGCUUCAACUUCUACUUUCCGCCAAAAGAUGCCUGGGGCGGUCGUUUCUUCCAACUCGCCUACCCUACGCAGUCCGCGAAUGCCACUGAGGAAACCAUUGGGUUCGGGCUAGACAGCAAGGCCUACACGGUCCAAGUCACGGGGUCAAACGGGUUCCGUGCCGAAGCAGCAGCAGCAAGGUAUUCCCGGAUUGUUGCGGCGCGAUAUUAUCGUCUCACAAGCACUCAGCAUAUCUAUGGCUACGUUUACGGCGGCAGCGGUGGCUCUAACCAGGUUAUUGGGGGUAUUGAGAAUACAGUCGGCGUCUGGGACGGCGCUGUGGCGAUGGUCCAAGCCGUGCCGAUUUCCGCCCCCAACAGCCCAUCGAUCAGGGCAAUGGCGGGUUUAGUUCUACGGAACAGGAAGACCGAGAUUCAGGAUUCCCUUAAGCCCGGGGGUAGUGGAAAUCCUCUCUCAAUACCAUCAAUGACGGAGCUCGAGCGAAGCAUGCUGAUUGAAGCCACAAAGCUUGGUGUCCCCAUCCGUGCCUGGGAACAGUAUGAUGAGGUCGCUGACAGUUCACAUCUGAACAUCCUGCGGAAUACCAUUAUCCAGCCUUCGGACCCUACAUACGUCGAAGAUUUCUGGUCCAAGCCGGGCUACCUCGGAACGGCGGAUAGUGCGCUCGGAAUCGCCAUGAGAGAGGCCGUAGUUGACUUCAAUGCGACGGUAGAGGAUGUUCAGCUUGACAACGAUGGGAAGCUGGUCAGCAUAAGACUCGACACAGUCCCGGAAGCUGUUGCUGACGUAUACGGGUACGACCUGGGUUUGCUUGGAGCCGACGACUUCAAAUUAAGAACCAUCAGCGGCACGUUGUCUACGGCCAACUACACCAUGUUGUUCACCGACUACACUGCCGACGCCAACGAUGCCACUCUUACAAAGUUUAUUGCAAAGGGAGUCAAAGUCCACAUCGACAACAAGUCCUCUGUUGCAAUGCACUCCUAUUACAGACACCAAAUCCCGGAACGAGUAGGAUUCUACGGAUUCGACCAGUUCCGGACCGUCAAUGGCACGAACUACCCCCAACGGACCCCUGACACGUCCAAGUCCCUCGCCAGAUCCGUCUCUGGCGGUAAUCACACUGGCACCAUCGGAUGCAAACUCAUCGUCGUUCAGAACCUGCUGGACAGCGACGCGUUUCCGUGGCAUGCCGACUGGUAUCGUUCGCAAGUUAAGCGGCAACUGGGAGAUCGCUUCGAGGAUAAUUAUCGCCUUUGGUACAACGACAAUGCGGAGCACUUUUACGAGAAAAGGCCUCCACACCGUCUUGCACUCAUUGUGCCGUACAACGGCAUCUACCAACAAGCUCUCCGAGACGUGGCAGCUUGGGUGGAGGAUAGAGUGCCUGCGCCAGAUACCACGUCGUAUACUAUUUCGGCCGACGACAACUCGGUCCAGGUGCCACCUACAGCGACCGAACGGCGAGGAAUCCAACCGGUUGUUGAGCUUCUUGCGAAUGGAAGAUGCAGCUGUACGGUGAAAGCCGGCCAGUCGGUGACGUUACGAGCGACUGUCGAAACACCCUCCGGGACUGGCAAGGUUGUCAAUGUCGAGUGGGAUCUGACUUCGGAGGGCACCUUUACUGAUGUAGGGCCCGCAUUCACGCCUAACCAGACUGUGACGAUUGAGCACACGGUUGUCUACAACACGACGGGGAACUUUAUCGCUAUUGCGAGGGCGACGUCUCAUCGUCAGGGAGACCAGGCACACCAGCACACGCGCACACGCGCACACGCAUACCCACAUCCACACAUCCUCUCAGAAGAAGUCAUGGACUCCCAAGGCAGCCAAGCGACGAAGAAGCGGAGACUGGGUGAUGGAAACGAAGAUAGUCAAGCCAGUAAGGACGACGGCAGUUCACUCGGCGUGUCUUGGCGUGGUUUCCGUCCUCGGACCAUCGAGUUCGACCAUCAAGCCUCCUGCAGUGAGUUUGAAUCUCGCUUCGCACUCGAGAUCUGGGCGACGGAUGCACAGGGUGUUGAGCGUCAAAUUGGAAAAAUCUGGGAUGAAAUCAACUACGCUGGAGCCGGGAAAGUCAAGGUCAUCGCAAAGAGCGCAAUGAGCACACUGAGCGCACUGAGCGCAAUGAGCGCAACGAGCAUCGACACCCCGCGGUUGGCCUCCGACGAUUACAUAAAGGCAUUCGAACGCCAUAUGAAAUCACAGCAGACUAUUCAAGAGAAAGCUCGUCAGGAGGAGAAGGCUCGCAAGGAGGAGAAGGCUCGCAAAGAGGAGAAAGCUCGCAAGGAGGAGCAGGCUCGCAAGGAGGAGAAGGCUCGCAAGCAGAAGAAGGAGGCUCUCCGAGAGAAAACACUUGCCCUUGAGGCUCUUCAAGCGAGAAGGAGAGCCCUCCAAGAGAGUGAGAGAACUCUCCAGUAUGAGGAAGAGGCUCUCCAAGAGAAGAUUCAGUCUCUCCAAGAGAAGCAGACUGUUCAGGAGGGCAACAGGACUCUUUAG